AAUCACCAAAAAGCAUUCAUGAGCAGCAUUAUUCGGCAAACAUAAAAUUAGCGCAGCGGCAAGAUGAGGCCCGACGACGACGAGAUAGGGUCACCUCUCUUACAUGGCCACUUCUCAACGGAACAUCUCGAGGUCGGCAGUGACGGAGGAGACUAUGGCACGGCUAUUACCCCUCUAUACGAGAGUGAUUGCGUUACGCCCGAAUCCGAUAUUCAGGAGGGAGUGAGACAAAUUGAAGCUGUCUCGAGGGCGUGGACCAAGUCUGCUUUGAUUGUAGCUUAUAUGAGCAUCUUUCUCAUCGCUUUCACAACGUCACUCGAGGGUCAGGUCACAUAUGCAUUAACGGCUUUCGCUGUUAGCUCCUUCAAUAACCACUCUCUGUUGUCGACUGUGUCUGUUGUUCAAAAUGUUGUCAAUGCCGUCAUCAAACCGCCUAUGGCCAAGAUCGCCGAUGUCUUUGGCCGUCUUGAGGCCUUUGCUAUUUCCAUCGUCCUUUGCGUACUUGGCUACAUCCUCAUGGCAGCCUCCAAGAACGUGGAAACCUACGCUUCGGCACAAAUCUUCUACGCGGCUGGCUCAACGGGUCUGCAGAUUCUCCAGCAGGUCUUCAUUGCAGAUACCAGCUCUUUCCUCAACCGAGCCCUCUUCUCCAGUCUGCCAGACAGCCCCUUUCUGGUCACGGUUUGGAUCGGUCCGCUGAUAGCGUCAGCCAUUCUGGCAUCGACAACCUGGCGAUGGGGCUAUGGCAUGUGGGCGCUCAUCCUGCCCGUUGCCUUUCUCCCUUUGGCCUUGAGUCUGUACCUCAACCGCCGGAAAGCUGAAGCACUAGGCAUCCUCAAGCCAAAGCACUAUCGCAGCAACAAUAACCACGGCACCACCAAGACCAAAAUCCGCCACAUCCUCCUCCGCGACCUCGACAUCAUCGGCACUCUCCUCUUCAGCGCUGGCCUUUCCCUGAUUCUGAUCCCCUUAACCCUCAUCUCCCGCUCCCCCCAGGGCUGGCGCGACCCUAAGCUCCUCCCUAUGAUUAUCCUCGGUACCUUCCUCCUCAUCCUCUUCCCCCUCUGGGAAUCCCGCCCCAACCUCGCUCCUCACCCCCUUUUGCCCCUGGACCUCCUCAAAUCCCGCACCUUCGUCGCCGGCUGCAGCCUAGGGUUCUUCUACUUCAUGAUCUUCUACAUCGCAGUCCAGCCCUACUUCUACUCCUACCUCCUCGUGGCUCUCAACCUCCCCGUCAACCGCGCAGGCCAGAUUACCCAAACCUUUAGUUUCGCCUCCACUAUCGCCGCCAUCCUGGCCUCCCUCGGCAUCCGCCAGAGCCGAUCCCCGCGCCCCCGACCGUUCAUCAUCACCGGCGCCUUACUAUACACCUUCGCCAUCGUCAUCCUGCUCAUGACCCGCACCAAGGGCGUGAGCAUCCACUCGCUGUUCUCAGCCCAAGCCGUCCUCGGCGCUGGUGCGGGACUGAUGCACGUCGCUACGCAACUGGCCGUGCAGGCCUCGUGCGGCGACAAACACGCACACGUCGGCGUCGCCACCGCUGCGUUUCUUACCUUGGUGGAAGUCGGCGCGGCCGUGGGAGCUGCCUUUAGCGGCGUCAUCUGGGGCCGACUGAUCCCGCGCAAACUCGUCGCUUACCUCCCUGACGCGCUGAAAGGGGAGGCCAAAAAGAUAUAUGCUAGCGUGGUGGUGGCAAGGAGUUAUCCCUGGGGAAGCGUAGAGCGGGAGGCGAUUGCCAGAGCGUAUCAGGAGACGGUCACGGUGCUUCUAAAGUUUGCGCUGGUGUGGUGCGUGCCGCUGGUGGUGGUGGCGCUGUUUGUCGGGGAUUAUAGGCUUGGUGAGGGAGGGAAGUGGGAGGUGUGGAAUGGGAGGGGGCUGGUGGUGGGGACGGGGGAGGAGGCGAUUGAUGAGCGGGCGAGGAGGAUGGAGGAGCGGGUGGAGUGGUGGAGGUUUUGGGUUUGGAUGGGGAAGGGGAGGGGGUAUUAUAAGAGAAUGAGACCUGGGAGGAGGUUGUAAGGUGAUAGGUUCUGUUUUGGAUGUUGGAUACGAACUGACUGUUGCUGUUGCGAUAUGGGAACGUGGAAAUGGGAUAUACCAAAGGGAACGUCAAGGUUGGUGGAAUCUUCAACGUGGAAGUACAGCAUUGGAUUGAUUAGUUAGACAGCGUGUUUGUUAGGUCGGAGGAUAGCGAUGAUACCAUGAUUGAUUGAUUGCGGAUUUCUUCUUUGUGUAUAAAUAGGUUGAGAUAGAUUUCAAGAUAUGUGGAUAAGAUCAACCUUUUCGUGU